GCGAACACAACAAUUGCAUACAAAUUCGUUUCACGCUCACUCUAGUAUUAAUUCUCGGAGGUUUGCAACUAAUUAUGGAAAUUACUCUGUGUUAAACUAACCAACAACUUUUUUUAUUGAUAUCUGCCACAAUGACAUCGUCAACUGUCACACCAUCAUCAUUAUGCAUAUAUUUUUCCAUUUUUGUAAAUUGUAGUAUUUCACUAGCUAAAUAUGUUUGGUAAUUCGUUGUAAGUACCAUCAUUUAAUCAUUAAAGUCACAACCAUUAGUUCAUGUAAUGGCUACAGCAAAAUCACCAAAAUAUCCAAUCGGUAUUGAUUUAGGAACUACUUAUUCAUGCGUUGGAGUAUUCAGAAACGGAGUAGUUGAUAUAAUUUCUAACGAACAAGGAAGUCGGACCACUCCAAGCUAUGUAGCCUUUAAUGAUGUAGAACGACUGGUAGGGGAACCAGCCAAAAAUCAAGUAUCUUUAAAUCCAACUAAUACUGUAUACGAUGCUAAAAGGCUUAUAGGAAGAAGAUUUGAUGAUCCUGUUAUACAACAAGAUAUUAAACAUUGGCCGUUCGAAGUUAUAGACGAAAGAGGAAAACCAAAAAUUAAAGUAACUUACAAAUACGAACAGAAAACGUUUUUUCCAGAAGAAAUAUCUUCCAUGAUUUUGGCAAAGAUGAAAGAAAUUGCUGAAUCAUUUUUAGGGGAUAACAUUUCGAAAGCAGUCAUUACUACACCAGCAUAUUUUAAUGAUUCACAAAGACAGGCGACAAAGGAUGCCGGCACCAUAGCAGGCCUCGAUGUCCAGAGGAUAAUCAACGAGCCCACGGCGGCCGCCAUCGCGUACGGAUUGGAUAAAAAAUCCGACGAGGACGACAGAUACGUUUUGAUUUUUGAUUUGGGCGGAGGCACAUUCGAUGUUUCGGUUCUACUAAUCUCCGGAGGGAUUUUCGAGGUGAAAUCCACUGCUGGCGAUACGCAUUUAGGUGGACAAGACAUCGAUACGCGCUUGGUUCAAUAUUUCACGGAAGAGUUCAAAAAGAAAAAUAAAAUCGAUAUUAGUGACAAUAAGCGGGCAAUCCAAAGACUAACAGCUGCUUGUGAAAGAGCUAAAAGGACACUUUCAUCUACAACUCAAUCAUCCAUAGAAAUUGACUCUCUAGCUGGCGGAUUUGAUCUUUAUGCAGAAAUCACUAGAGCCAAAUUUGAAGAGAUUAACAAUGAUAUUUUUAUGAGAACACUGGAGCCUGUAGAAAAGGCAAUUAAGGAUGCACGAAUUAACAAGAAACAGAUAGAAGAUGUAGUGUUAGUAGGAGGAAGUACUAGAAUUCCAAAAAUACAAACAUUACUUUCAAAUCUCUUUCAAGGUAAAGAAUUAAAUAAGUCCAUAAAUCCAGAUGAAGCAGUGGCCUAUGGAGCAGCCAUCCAAGCUGCCAUUUUGGCAGGUGAUCUUCAUGAUGCUGUAAAAGAUGUAUUGCUUCUAGAUGUAACACCGCUUUCAUUGGGCAUUGAAACUGCUGGCGGUGUAAUGAGUAUUCUAAUUAAAAGAAACACAACUAUACCGACUAAACAAACACAAGUUUUUUCAACUUAUUCCGACAAUCAACCGGGCGUAUUAAUUCAAGUUUAUGAAGGAGAAAGAUCAAUGACGGGCGAUAAUAACCUUCUAGGAAAAUUCGAAUUAUCCGGUAUCCCUCCUGCUCCUAGAGGAAUUCCUCAAAUCGAAGUAACCUUUGAUUUGGACGCUAAUGGUAUUCUUACUGUGAAUGCUCGAGAAACUGCCACUGGUAAAAAGAGUAACAUUAUCAUCACGAACGAUAAAGGCAGACUAAGCAAAGAUCAAGUAGAAAAGAUGGUAAGAGACGCCGAACGGUAUAAAGAACAAGAUCAAGAAAAACGAGCCUGUAUUGCUGCUAGAAAUGAAUUAGAAUCGUAUGUAUAUCAAAUAAAAACCGUAGUAAAUGAACCACAAGUAGCAGUCCUCCUAAAUCCAGAUGAUUUGACGAAAAUGAACAGAUGCUGCGACGGCAUUAACGAAUGGCUAACAGAUCCUGCUAUAAAAUCGGAAAGAGAUUACGCUAUGAAGAAACAAGAGUUGGAAAACAUUUGUAAACCUAUCAUUGUACAGAUGUAUAGCGGUGCAGCAGGAAUAACGGAAUCUUCUGAUAAUAUUCCUCAAGCUUUUAGAGAGAGCUCACGACAACCUCCUAGAGAUAGUGAUGAUCAUGAUGGUUCAGGUGGUCCUAUUAUAGAUGAAGUGGAUUAAUUUGAUACAUUAUUAAAUCUAAAUGUACGUUCAUACAUCAUUAAAACAUAACAUUUU